CUUGUGAAUUCUAUUGUGGUCAAGCAAUGACGAACCUAGUAGCAGACAACGCAUCCAAUAACAGCGACAAGGGACAUGCUGUGAAGCAAGACUCUCACUCCUCUGUUAUAGGGGCAUCGCAGAUAGCUGCCCCCGCACUGGUGUAUCAGCCAGAUAGCAAGUCGUCGGAUGCUGAGAAGCGUCCAGGCACCGUCAGCGUUCGGGAUGUUCCCAGCUAUACGUCUUCGGCAUCCACUCUGGAUGGCAAGGCCUCCAUUCAAGAGAAGGGCGAGGUUUGGGAGGGCUACGAGGCCGAUGCCCUGCCCGACAAGGUGCAGAACACGUUCCUGCGCAACCUUCGCUUCCAGAUCAUGUCUCUCUAUCGCCGGCUGUUCGGGAUCGUCUUUGCGACAAACAUGGGGGUGUUCAUUUGGUAUUGCGUCAGAGGCACGAAUGCAAGCAAACUGGGAACGGUUGUCGUUGCGAACUUGUUCGUUGCGAUUCUCAUGCGACAGGAGUACGUGAUCAACACGUUCUACGUUGUCGCAUGCUGGACCCCCCGGUCGUGGCCAUUAUGGUUCCGCCGUAUCGUGGCGCGAGUAUACUCCAUUGGUGGAAUCCACUCUGGCGCUGGAGUAAGCGGCACAGUUUGGCUAAUGCUCUUCGUCGGGCGUGCAACGCGCGAGGUUAUCAACAAGGAUCGGGUGACUGUUCCAACACUAGCCGUCUCCUAUGUCAUCUUGGCACUCCUCGUGGGCAUGGUCACUUUCGCUUAUCCCGGAUUCCGCGUGAAGCGCCACAAUACGUUCGAAGUGACACAUCGAUUCGCGGGCUGGACAGCAGUUGCGCUCGUGUGGGCACAGGUGGUACUGUUGAUCAAUGAUUACAAGACUCCUGAUGAGAAACUGGGCCACGCUCUUGUCCACACCCCUUCAUUCUGGCUUGUCGUUGUCUUCACUGUCUCGAUCAUCCUGCCUUGGGUGCGUCUCCGCAAGUACCCAGUACGUAUCGAGAAGUCGUCCGACCACUGUGUUCGCCUCUACUUCGACUAUGUCUCGACCGAGCCAGGGCACUUCACACGGAUGUCCCUGGACCCGCUCUUCGAAUGGCAUUCAUUCGCAACGAUCCACGAGCCGGGGCAGAAGGGCUACUCUGCUGUCGUCUCUAAAGCGGGCGAUUGGACUUCGGAGGUGAUCGCCAACCCGCCAAGCAAGAUCUGGAUCCGAGGCAUUCCAUGCUAUGGUGUCGUGCAUGUCACCCCCCUCUUCCGCCGAGUGGUCAUGGUCGCAACGGGCAGCGGCAUCGGUCCCAUCGCGCCGGUAGUGUUUGCAAAGGAGACAGAGAUCCAGCUCCUGUGGACAGCGCCUGCCGUGCGCAAGACGUUCGGUGACAAGCUUGUGGACUCGCUGCUCGACGCAGCGCCAAAUUCAGUCAUCUAUGACACUCGUGAGCAUGGACGACCCGAUCUAGUCAAGCUCACCUACCGCAUGGUACGCGAAUUCAACGCGGAAGCUGUUGUUAUUAUCUCGAAUCAGCCGCUCACGGAGAAGGUCGUGUACGCCAUGAUGAGUCGUGGUAUUCCCGCCUUUGGAGCAAUCUGGGAUUCUUAAAUUCGGCCCCCACUCCGCGCGUGCGGUCCCGUAUCUCUUUAUUCACGCUAUCUAAUGUCCCUAGAUGAUAUGCCAAGACUUCCCGUCCAGAGAUUGUUCUCCCCUGUUGUAUCAUUCAGACUGCAGUUUUGUAUAACGUGUACAUACCUACGACCAAAAUUCGUGGCAUCUGCAAUAGAGAUAGAUUCGUCUUGCCCGG